AGAGAGUAUUCAAGGAAUUAGUGGCGCGCCCUCUGUACCAGAGAUGUCUCGACCUCGUUAUGUCGCGCAAGAGCCCGACAUUUUCGGUGUCAAGCUUCCAGUUGCUCAGAAGCUAGAUCCUGACCCCAUGAGCGAUCCCUAUGCGGCCAGGAUCUGGGAGGACGAGAUGAUGUACAAAAGAUACCUCGCCACCGUUCCUCCGCCCUCCAUCAUGGACGAUGCAUUACGGGCGCGCUUCAACAGCCGUGUCAAGAUGUUCAAGGUACGAAUCCAUGAGUUGGAGGCUCUCCGCGAGAACAUGGAAGAGAACAUGGAAGAGCGUCCGCCUGCGGCUAUCGGCAACGAGCUUGCAUCCAUUAUCUGGAGGCACCGAAUCCUUACCCGCGCUCUCUUCCCCAUUCGCGACCUCCCGAAUGAGAUCCUCGGUAUGAUCUUUGACCAUGUCGUCUACUCCCACCCUAUCGACAAUAUGAAGUACUAUCACGCCGCUCGCGCCGUGCUCGUCCAGACCUGCAGGCGUUUCAGAGACAUCGCGUACGGGUACCGUGCGCUCUGGCGCACGGUCAUCUUCACCGACGCUUGUCCUUGGAAACUCUCGUUUCGGGCUAUCUCGCGCGCGGAGGGUGUGCCCCUCACUAUCGGAUUCGGCCAGGCUCCGGUGCUCCCUGGGGCCAGCCCCGUCCACGCUACCGACUUCGGCGUGCUCCUCCAUGGGCUGAUUUUAGCCGCUCCCCAGCUACGCGAAGUGACCGCUGGGCUAUGCGAAAGCUCUAUGCCUGUAUUCUGUACCUGGCUUGCACGGAAUACACGGGCUUUCCCGUGUCUGCAGACGCUCGUGCUCCACCACGUUAACCAUAGGAAUCGCGACGGGAACGUCGUUAUUUUCUAUGACCGACCCCCCAUGAUCCCUCUCAGGGGGCAGGUAGUGGUCCCGAAUCUGCGCAAGAUUGACCUCGACGGUGUCGCGAUCGAUUGGGAGAGUCAGUCACCGACCAUGUUUUCGAACGUCAAGGACCUGCGUCUGGGAACCACCUAUGGCACUAUGCCGCCCCUCCAGUCCCACCAGUGGUCUCAGAUCCUCUUCGCGGCGGCAUCGACGUUGGUUCGGCUUGACCUCCGUAUGUUCUGGGUUGCUUGCGAAUGGAACACGCCGCCACCCUCGGUGCGCGUCGAGCUCCCCAAUCUCCUCGAGUUAAGUAUACACUACGAAGCUGAAAGGAGGGCGACCGAAUUCACCCUCGCGCACAUCGACGCCCCGCGACUCAUCGCUCUCAACAUUUUAUCGAUCAGGAACGCGAGCAUCAACUUCAAGUCGCUGUGCGAACAGCUCACUGGCCGGUUCCCCGAGCUGCGUCUAUUUGCGCUCCGCUUUAUCGCCUGCCACGGUCCUCCCGCCCCGCCCCCCGUGGUCAACCAGUAUUUCGCCCAGUUCGGGAGGUUGCUGCGCAGCAUGCCCAAGCUCAGGGUGUUGAAAUCAGGCUUCUUGUAUGUCGGCGUGCAGGCGCUGCUCCGGCCCCUGUGCGUGCCCGAGCUGUACUUGGCUCCGGAGGAGCUCGCGGCGAUCGCGGAGAAGGCGGCGAGGCAGGAGCCGUUCGCGAUACCUAUCUGCUGCCCCGAGCUCGAGUACCUCAGCAUUUUCUGGGAGUACGUCGGCGACCCGACGGGAGACGUCCGAGACUUUGCGCUCUGGCUCAACGCGCGGCAGCAGCUGGGCAAGCAAUUUCCCCGCGUGUGCGUGCGCAACAAAACGAAGUACGAAGAAAUGAAGGCGCUCCUCGAGCAGGCUGACAUUGCUCCCUCCGUUGGGGAAUUCAUGAUAGUGCCCAUGGAAACGCCGAUGUAUGAGGAGAAGGUGGUGGAGGAGGAGGUACUGUCGCACUUGUAG